GCCUCCUGGUGUGUCCUGCCUUCUCGAGUUCUCCUAGUCCUGACCUCUCAGAAAGGCAUCCAGAUGUACGAGUCAGACGGCUCCAUCAUGGUUUAUUGGCAUGCCCUGGAUGUCUUGGAACCACCGCCAGCCCAGGCAGUGUUUGCUCGAGGGAUCGCUGCUGCCAGUGGGCGCUUCAUCUGUGUGGGGACUUCUUCGGGACUGGUGCUGGUGUUUGACAUCCCUAGCAAGGGAACAAACAUCACGCUGAGCGAGGUCCUGCAGGAGCAUCGCGACUCCAUCACUGACAUCGCCUCGGAGGAUGGGGCUGCUGACCUGGUGACUGCGGAUGACUCUGGGGCCCUGUGUGUCUGGAGAUCCAAGGACGAGUUCUCCCUGCUCACCAAAAUCUCUGCCUUUGGGUGGACCUGCUCCUCGGUGAAGCUGUGGAACGGGGUCAUUGCUGCUGGCUAUGGGAAUGGGCAGAUCCGGCUGUACGAGGCCACGAGCGGGGCCCUGCGUGCCACAGUCAGCGCCCACGCUCGCUGGAUCUACGCCCUGGACGUGGCCCCCCUGACGGGGAAGCUGCUGUCGGGUGCCGAGGAUUCCUAUGUUCAGAUCUGGAAACUCAGCCGGAGCCCAGACACCGGCGACAUCGAGAUCGAGCACUGCUACUCGGAGUGCGUGACUGACACCCAGCUCUGCGGCGCCCGCUUCUGUGACCCUGAGGGAAACUCCUUCGCUGCAACCGGCUACGACCUCAGCGAGAUCGUCCGCUAUGGCCAG